GCCUACUUUUACGACAUGUGACUUGACUUUACUGUUUUCCGUUUUUGCUAAAAGAGUCAUUAACAGAAGUUGAUGGCAGUUUCAGUAACAAGUCAGCACUGAGGAAAGGAUAACAUUGUAAUAUGCAGAAGUCUACAAAUUCUGAUACCUCUGUGGAAACACUGAAUCCCACCCGCCAAGGCACUGGAGCUGUGCAAAUGAGAAUCAAAAAUGCCAAUAGCCACCACAGCAGGCUGAGCCAAAGUAAAUCCAUGAUCCUCACCGAUGUUGGGAAGGUCACUGAACCUGUAUCCCGGCACAGAAGGAAUCAUUCACAGCAUGUCUUGAAAGAUGUCAUUCCUCCACUGGAACAACUGAUGGUUGAAAAAGAAGGUUAUCUUCAAAAAGCUAAAAUUGCAGAUGGAGGAAAGAAACUAAGGAAAAACUGGUCUACUUCCUGGAUUGUUCUUUCUAGUCGAAAAAUUGAAUUUUACAAAGAAUCCAAGCAGCAGGCUCUGUCUAAUAUGAAAACUGGGCACAAACCAGAAAGUGUGGAUUUGUGUGGGGCAUAUAUCGAAUGGGCCAAAGAAAAAUCAAGCAGAAAGAAUGUCUUUCAGAUCACAACAGUAUCAGGAACUGAGUUCCUUCUGCAGUCAGAUAUUGACUUCAUCAUAUUGGAUUGGUUCAACGCUAUCAAAAAUGCAAUUGACAGAUUGCCAAAGGAUCCAAGUAGUCCUUCAAGAAACCUGGAAUUAUUUAAGAUUCAGAGAUCCUCCAGUACUGAACUACUAAGUCACUAUGAUAGUGAUAUAAAAGAACAGAAACCAGAGAACAGGAAAUCUUUAAUGUUCAGACUGCAUCAUAGUGCUUCUGAUACAAGCGACAAAAACCGAGUUAAGAGCAGAUUAAAGAAGUUUAUUACCCGAAGACCUUCCCUGAAAACUCUGCAAGAAAAAGGACUUAUUAAAGAUCAAAUUUUUGGCUCUCAUCUGCACACAGUGUGUGAACGUGAAAAUUCCACAGUUCCGCGGUUUGUAAAGCAGUGCAUUGAAGCUGUCGAAAAAAGAGGUCUAGAUGUUGAUGGAAUAUAUCGAGUUAGUGGCAAUCUAGCAACAAUACAGAAGUUAAGAUUUAUUGUCAACCAAGAAGAGAAGCUGAAUUUGGACGACAGCCAGUGGGAGGACAUCCACGUUGUCACUGGAGCACUGAAGAUGUUUUUCCGGGAGCUGCCUGAGCCGCUCUUCCCUUACAGCUUCUUUGAGCGGUUUGUGGAGGCGAUCAAAAAGCAAGACAAUAACACAAGAAUUGAAACUAUAAAGUCUCUUGUACAAAAACUCCCUCCACCAAAUCGUGACACCAUGAAAGUCCUCUUUGGACACCUAACUAAGAUAGUGGCCGAGGCAUCCAAGAACCUCAUGUCCACACAAAGCCUAGGGAUUGUAUUUGGACCCACCCUUCUGCGAGCUGAAAACGAGACAGGGAACAUGGCGGUGCACAUGGUGUACCAGAACCAGAUCGCCGAGCUCAUGCUGAGCGAGUACAGUAAGAUCUUUGGCUCGGAGGAAGACUGACAGACAAGACGAGUUACUGAGUAUGUUCACAUCUGUCUCGAGGCCUCAUAUUUUUACGUUUCUGUAAACAUAUUUCUGAAAUAUUUUUUUCCAUUCAAGAGACAGAUGCCUCAUUUUGUAAAAACUUAAUGAUGAUUUUGUGUUUAAGUUCCAAACAUUUGAAUAAAAUAGUUGACAGUAUUUGCCUAUAUGUGUUCUACAUUAACCCCUUCAGUGUUGUGCAUUCCAGCACUUCUAGGCCUACAUUAUGCAUAUGCUCCAUGCUAUAGAAUAUUGUUCAGAGGACAGCAUAUAUCCAAAAAUAGCCUUAAUUCGACUCCCGGGCAUCGGAUGUGUGGUUGUGUAUUUGCAGACAUGUGAGUGAGUGUGAGUGUGAGUGUGAUUGAGAGUGUGGGUAUGUGUCCACACAGGUGAGCCUCUUCACUACCCUGGCUGCCUCAGGCCUCUGCCCAUAUGCCCACGGGUACACGAGUAGAACCAAAAGACGGGAGAAGGCAGAAAUGAAUACUUUUUAAAUAGAACAAAGGAAAUCAGGAUCUCAACCAAAAUAGACAUAUUUCCUCUUUCAAGAACCUUUUCGUUAAGCGUAAAUCUAGUCCAGCUAUCCUUGGCGCUAGAUGCUGAAAUUUACAAAUACAUGUUGAAUGGCAUUUUUUCUGAAGAAAAAUGGCAGUUCAAAACAUUUGCCAUUGGAUAUGUUUUGUUUUGUUUUGUUUUUGCGGUACGCGGGGGCCUCUCACUGUUGUGGCCUCUCCCAUUGCAGAGCACAAGCUCCAGAUGCGCUGGCUCAGCGGCCAUGGCUCACGGUCCCAGCCGCUCCACGGCAUGUGGGAUCCUCCCGGACCAGGGCACGAACCCGUGUCCCCUGCAUCGGCAGGCGGACUCUCAACCACUGCGCCACAAGGGAAGCCCUGGAUAUGUUUUUUUACAUAUACUAUUUGCAGUCCCAUAAACAUACUGUCUUAUAAAUUUGAAGCAAAAUUAGUGCCCUGCAAUUUUGAUCUUUAUAUUAUACAGGAAUUGCAUGACUGUUCAUUUUUAAUGUUAACAUCCAUUUUGAAUCUUCAUCAGACUGUAUAUCUUCCUUUUCCCUGGCUAUGUCAUUUUAUGUAGAAUUUUUAUUAUGCUUCUGAGGAUGCUUUAUUGGUGAAUUACAUUAAAUCCAUCUAGAAAGAACUUUUUUAAAAAAGGCUUUUUUUCCAUAUGCCCUAAGGAUUACUUGACUGGACUUGGAUUGCUUUAUCCAUUUGAUGGUUAAUUUCAGUUGUCAUGGAUAAACAAAAGGGUAACUGUCUAGAAUAUAUCAAACAUUGUUUUAUUUUGAAAACUGUGUUCUAGCUGAACACAUCUCAUAGCCGGUUUUGUGAAAUUAUUCUGCUGAUAUAAAUGUAGACUUAUGUUUGACAGCUUUUUAAUCAAAUUCAAAUGGAAUAAAUAAAGCUAAUCC